GCUCAUGGUGAAGUUUGGAGUUGUGGUCUUUACUCGUGACGUUUUUUUUUUUGUUAUUAACCGUUUCUGUGGCGUUUUAAAACCCGACAGGACGAGGCAGGUCUUUUCUUUAUAAAUAUUUCCUGCGAAGCGACCUAAAAGUGUUGGGCAGAUCAGGCCAGAUGUCCUCCUCCUCUUCUGUCGACCUAAAUACCGGGGUUCAGAUGCCCCUCCUGGGUUUGGGGACCUACAAGUUGUGGGGUCCUGAAGAGGUGUAUCGGGCCGUGAAUGCUGCUCUGGCUGCUGGUUAUCGAGCCUUCGACAGUGCAGCCGUCUACCGGAACGAAGCCGACUUGGGUCGAGCGCUGAAGGAGCUCCUGCCCAAACAUGGCCUAACCAGAGAAGAUGUGUUCAUAACCAGUAAGCUGGGCCCUAAGGAUCAGGGUGAGCGGGCCAUGGACGGCGCCCUCCACAGCCUGGCCCAGCUGGACUUGGGCUACAUCGACCUCUAUCUGAUCCACUGGCCCGGCACGCAGGGUCUGGUAGUGACUGACAAACGCAACCCAGGCAACCGAGCUCAGAGUUGGGCCACACUGGAGGAGCUGCAUAACCAGGGGAAGCUUAAGGCCAUAGGAGUGUCCAACUACACCCCGGCUCACAUGAGGGAGCUGAUGCAGAGCUGCAAAGUCCCUCCUGCAGUGCUACAGGUAGAGUUUCACCCACGGCUGUGCCAGGCAGAGCUGAGGAGUGUCUGUGAGGAAUAUAAAGUGUGUUUCCAAGCCUACUCCUCCCUGGGGAAAGGAGAGCUGGUCACCGAUCCUGCAGUCACGGAGGUGGCCAAGAACUGCAAACGCACACCUGCACAGGUUCUGCUGCGCUGGGCGGUGCAGCAGGGCGUCCCGGUGCUGCCCAAGUCAUCGAAUCCAGACAGAAUACAGGAGAACGCCAGACUUUUUGACUUCACCCUGAGCGACACGGACAUGGACAGACUGUCAGCUUUGGACUGCGGCCACAAGUACUGCUGGGAUCCGUCAGAGGUGGCCUGAAACACAAACUGGGACACUAACUCUCCUCCAUGAUGCCUGCUGUGUGGGGAAUUACACAUGCAGCUUAGUUUUUACAUAAUCAGAUCAACUAUUGUUAUUACCCAUAUUCCACAAUACACCGAGAGCCGUUUCAGUCAGUAUUUAAAGGUUUUUGUUGCCUGAUGAUGAAUUUUCAUGUUUACAGAUCUGCUCUUGUGCCAUCACUUUAAGACUAAUUCCACAUUCGUCACAAGCUCUUGCCUCACUCCUGUGUCUUUUCAUGUUCUUACGACUUAUCUGCGAAUUACCACAAUCUCGGGACUUCAAAGUCGUCGAAUUUUAAAGAAGCACAACAAAGCGAAUCUCUUUAAAACCACUCUUAAAAUUAUUUAUUCAGGACAGCAUAUACCAGAGGUUUCACAGCUGUAGAGAAAAUACAUUUACAAAAAGUCAUUAAAAACUGAUAAAGAAUCCAACAAAAAAAACAAAAAAACAAAAGGAAAUAUUAAAAUUCAAUUUUCUCCACACACAUCUCCAGAUUCAAGUAAUACUAAGGAUGGUUGCAAAACUCCAGGUGCCCAGGCAGGUUUUGUUUUUUUCCUCUGGGGUGUGUUCACUGCCACAAAAUCAGAGCCACAAAACGACUUGCUUGUUUUUUUGUUUUUUUUUCGUGACAGUAAACGCACCUCCACAUAUAUUGUGCUUUUUUUUUUUUUUCCUUUUCUUGAGCGUAAUAUGCGACAGCGAGCAGUAAAGUUUAAGGCGGUAAUUGGGUAAACAGACAAGGCUGGCUAUGCGGUGUCACAUCACAGGUUACAGCGUGUUCAAGGCAGUUCAUUACAACAUUAUAGUACUCCGGCUGGACUUCUUAUUUUCAAGAGAGUAAAGCGUUUCUAUCUGGCCCCGACCCUCUCAGCACCAUGCACGUGUUCUCCGCCAGCUGAUCCAGUUGUACUACUUGUGUCAAAGUACAUGCACAGGUCUAUUUGGAGUGUUAAAAUGUAAAAAAAAAAAAGAAGAAAAAAACUGAAACUCAUGUGUGAUAUCAUAAAACAGUGGAUGUACUCCUUUUUCAACAGUUUAUAUUUGACAAAUGAUCAGUCAGUGGAUCUCGCACAGUCAAGUCGAUGCAAACAUAGUAAAGAAAAGCUUCCAAGACAAACUAACCCUAGCAAUGAAAAGCUUCAAAGACAACACAAACGCCGCCCUCGGCCCUGCACACCCGAGCACUUCGCAGCUCGACCCGACGAGUCGAGAGGAAGAGAGUAAGACACAAGUAGAACAAACCUAUCACCACUUUCAAUAAUCACAUUGAUAAACAAUUCACAACUAGCCCAAUCUUUUUUUAUUUUUUUAUUUUUUUAUACCGAGCUGUAUGGGAGUGCUGAUGAUGCAACUCUAUUUUAUUGUGAGCUGCAUGUGCCAAGUAUUCCU